UACCUUGAACCGAACCAUGUCCUGCGCUAAAGUGCGAAAAACACACUCAAUAUAUAAUGAAGGUAGACUUCGAAUUUGAAGGAAAUGGAGACCGACAACUGGAAGCUCCAGAAUGUUAUAUCAUAUCACAAGUUUGGGUGUAAGUACUCCCGUCGGUCCGCGGUACUUACUUCACCUGACGAUUAAGUUACUAUGCCGAUUGUGGCAAUACAAGCGCCGAUGAUAUCUAGCACGACUUGAAACACUAGAUCGCUCCCUACAUCAUCCACUCCCUCGAAUAUGACUGUAGUUUCAAAUGAUCCCAGUUUUUGGCCGAUAAUUAGUUCGAAUAUUUUUUUCACCUAUUGGGCGGUUGCCUCCAGCGUCGUGGUGGUAUACGAUUGGGCACUAACCAUCGGACAAGAGAUUGAACUGAUUUGGAAGCAACGUUGGUCUCUUAUGACUAUGCUGUAUCUGGUUAUACGCUAUGUUGGAAUAGUACCACAUUCUGUUGUCAGCGUCCUGCCAAGUAUGCCAUCGGUCUCGUUGACAGAUGCAGUGAGUAUUCUGCAACCAUUUCAUGCCUAUCCAAUGAAUACGCUCAUGUGUAGGGGUGAGCAUUAUUGUGGACUAUAUAAUAAAUGGAAUAAACAUUAUCGUGGCUGCCAUGCUGGGCGUCAUCAUGAUUGCUCGGUUGUAUGCCAUGUGUCAGAGAUCCAGGAUGAUGCUUAUCUUCAUUGUUAUUAUUUUCUUGGCUGUCAUUAUCGCCUGUGGAGUAAUUGCGGCAAUAGAACUCGAGCGCACCACAGCAGAGGAGCUGAUACUCUCUGGCACAUAAAUGUGCAAAUACGGAUUUGAGGAGGAUAUCCAGCCUCUGGUCUCAAUGGUUUGGAUGCUUAAUAUCAUCUGGGAGGUCCUUGCACUGUGUCUUGCAGUCUGGAUUGCUGUAAAACAAAUUCGUGACCUGCGACGACUCAACCGAUUGACAGGAUCAUCCAUCGGGGACUGUUUUAGAGUGCUGAUAGGAUCUCACGUGCUUUAUCUUGCUAGC